CGAGAUUCCACACAAACCAGCUGCGCCAGAACGAUCUAUAGUAUUCUCAUAGAAAACUGUGCCAGCAGUUUGUGCCUAUUUUUAUAUGUUCUUCAGGAAUAUUUAGAUCUCCAAAAAGCCCAACUUCAUAGCCAUGGGGAUGAAGACAAUGCUCGCUUUAUGUGUUGCCAUGGCAAUAGUGUUGACGGCAGCUGCAGAAGAGACCGUUGUGCACAUGGACAAGAUAUCCGGGGAGAGCCAGUGUGGCAAGGUGUUUGUGCUGAGUCCCGGUCACGACGUUCGACUCAAGUCCCAGGGGCUGGCUCCCGACGGUUACUGCGGGGUGUCUGUUUUUACACCCAGGGAAAUAAACAACUACACGUGCGAUGGGUUGUGCGUCACAUUCAAAUCAGCGUCCGUCAACGUAUGCGACAUCAAGUUGAAGUUCAUAGGACACAGAUUUGGAAAGGGAGGCGAUUAUAUUAGGGAGUUCACCUGCCACAACCAGAACCGCGACGCGUUCUGCUGGGAGGUGAGCUCCGUGCGUGUCGAAGUGAUUGAGAGCUACAAGUAUUCCUACGAGGCACAGAAACCCAACUACGAGUUUGACGUCGACGUAAACGCUAAAUGUAGCCGCUUCGGGAUCGAGGAGAGGAAAGCGUUCGCAUGGUCCCGUGCACGACUUGAUGCGGACGAGCACCAGACGUACGUGGAGGGUAUAGCGGUGGGCGUGUCCCUGGCCUGCGUCUUCCUCAUCGUCCUCUUUAUCGCCUGGUGUUAUACCAAACACCAGGCCGUCUCCGGGACCCGCUCAAAUGACCGACCCGCGCCCGCCAAGUCCGAUCCAUCCAAAAAAGUUGCCAGUCCCAGCCAGCAAGGUAGCAUCGUCUCCACAUUCCGUAAAAAGUUGAACAUUCUGCGGCGGAAUCAGAACCAGGACGAAGAACCGGAAGCUGUGUACCGGCGGACAGACACCGCCGCCGCAGCCACGACGCAUGGAAUUGAGGGCGCCACGGAACUUCAACCACUCACCGGAAACGGAAAGGAGAAGGAAACGGAAGCUGAAACGUUUGAACUUGCCAACGAGACUAUAGGGGAUUCGGAGGGCGAGAAGAAAUGCACGCCGGGGGAAGAUUCCCCGAAGGACGGCGGCGCCGAAGCAACCAAACUAGAUCCACCGGAAGUCGUUAUCGUUCCCGGCACGCCGGAGCCUUCGGAAGUUGAGAGUGAUUAAUAAACGUUUGAACUUCUUUGAAAAAUUAUUUCUGGCGUUCAAUGUGUUCAAAUUUUACAGAAUAAGGGGAUAAUGCCACACAUUUUGACAUUGUUCAUUUAUGUGGUUUUUAGCACUGUCGUGACUCAACAUGUCGGCAGUAUGGCGUACCAAGCGGCUCAAAAGUGUACUAUCAACAACAAUAAACCUACAGCUAUAGAUUUAAAUCUAAAGUUGUAUUUAAUAGCUACAGCUGUAUACUUAUAGCUGAAGUUGUAUUUUACAUUUGUAGAUUUCAAUAAAUACAUAUUUUACAGCUACAGCCAUGGAAUACAAAAUAGCCACUGCUGUAUGUUAUUACUUUAGCUAUUUAUUAGUACACAUGGUUGGUGCGUGUAUUGGUCUUGGACAACAGUCGGAAUGAAUUCACAUGAAUAGCAAUAUCAUGAUUUAGAUUUUUAAUGUUUCAUACAUCAGAUGUAGUUUCAUUUUCAUUACAUGUGAACAUCUUGUUUCUUUCUCUACAAUGGCUUAAGAAAUUUAUAUGACUCUUACACGCGUUUGGAUGCUAGCCAUGAGGUUUGAUGACAACGUAAUUACCAGAAGUAUUCACCAUUCAGACAUACGUUCACGUUGAAAGCCUAACCAUAUUCAUUGGUCUUUGAUCCACAUUUCUCGUCUUAACAUAAUCCGUAUCAUUGAACGGAGUGACAAUACCAUAGGAUAUAGUGCAAUACAUUUCGAUCACGUGAGAUUACUUCGUUUUAUAUGUCCGCCAAACUAUACUUAUAUGCCUAAGGAAUGGAUGGAUUUAAUGACACACAUUGAAGGUUUGUUCUCACUUUCCCACACAGCACACAAUUCAUCUCCCCAACUCCAACCUCAAUUUCCAUAGGAAAAAUUAGUGGUUGGGAAAGUGGGAACACACCACAUUGAAGAAGUCGUGGCAAAUCUGAGGGUGGGAAGUACUGUGUGAACUAUUUAUGCCAACUUGUAAAACGUUAAACAUUAAUUACAUAUUGAGCUAGAAGUCACCGCAACAAUUGUCCGCCUCUACAAUUACAGAUCUGUGAUUCUCAUGCAUCUAACAGAUCUAUGCAUUUUACUUAAUAUAUUUCAGCCUUUUAUAAAACAUGCAUUCCGUCAAUGUUGUCAAUGUUGUUGUUGUUGGAUGACAAGAAGAUACAGGUAGAUAGUCAUAACAGUCAGAUUUUUACACACAUCCAGGUAGUUUUUGUUUACUGAAAUAUGAAUGAUGAUUGUAAUAUAACGAUAGUUUAGAAAUAUAUAAUUGUUAUGUGUUUAUACAUUGUAAGAUGUUUUGUCCUUUUUGUUUUAGUAUACAUGUUUAAUAGUCAAUAUAUUUUAUCUUUGAA